AUGAGUCGCAAUAUUACAGAGUUGGAAGUAGACCAAUCGUCAAGGUCUUUGGACUUACAUUCUCCAUUUCAUGAGUUAGGACUGCAUCAUCAUCAUCAUUCAUCCAUGUUAUCUUCAUCAUCAUCUUCUUCAUCAUCAACUAAUAUCGUAGAUGCUGCUCAACAUAGUGGAUACGAUGUUAAAUCUGUCUUGGAAACAAAUAGCAUCACUAGUGAAAAUAGCAGACCACCAGUAACAGCAACUAGUGCCUCGUCAUUAUCUAUACCUAACUUAUCAAUUACUCCAUCAAGUGUUGUUGUACAAACCCAGUUACAAGGCACAACAAUUCCACAAAAAUUGUCUUCGCCUAGUACAAAAAACCCACAUAAGUCUUGCAAGAGGUCCUCAUCUUCAUCUAAUGAUCUAAUAUACGAAAGAGAUAGAUUUAGAGCCAGACUUAGAAGUUUCAACGUAUCAUUUCCCAAUAAUGAGGUGGAGGAUCACUCCCAUCCCAAAACAGAAACUUUAGACGCUUCACCUGGUUAUUGUGCUUGUCAUGAUGAGCCAGCUUCUCUUGAGGGUGAUGUAAAUCCAUGUGACGUUUGUGAUGGGAUUGGGUUCAAGACAACUAAAUUAUCAAUGGGUCACCCAGAAGAAUUAGAUACAUUGGCAGCAAACAAGUUCAAAUUUGAACAUUUAACCUUGGAACAACUAAAGACAAUGUUUCAUCAUUAUUUUAAUUCUUCACUUCCACCCACAAAUGAAAUGUUCCCCUGGCUUCAUGGACUUCAUGAAGAUAAUUUUGCUCAGCGAUCAUUCUUUUUGCACCAACAACAACAACAGCAACAGAAGUUGGGGUUGGCCAAUGACAAUAAUAUCUUUAUGGAUUACAAGACUGCCAAGCCUAAAAACUCUAGUUUUUUAAUGUGUGUAACUGAUGAAUCUUUGCCAGUUGAAAUACACAAUACGGUACGAUUAGUUGAAAUUUUACAAAAAAUCGACGUAUCUAAAUCGGAAAUCAGAGAUAUAGUUGUUUUAAUUUGGAAAAGUAUCGAUCAUGAGAAGGUGGGCAACAAUUUCAGCUACAAAGAAGACGAAGAAAUGAUCGAUUUGUUAACUGCUGAUUGUAUAAAGCUUAAUGUGGUGCCAUUUUUCUUGAAUUUGGAUCCAGAUCGAGGCAUUUCAUUAAGAAAUUUCCAAAUUCAAGUUGCUAAAUUAUCAACUUGUUCUGAUUUUGUUGUUUAUGGAAUUGAUCCUGAAAUUACCCAAUCCAUUGCAAGGGUAUUGUGGUUAGCGCAAAGAGAUGAGGAACAAUCUUCGGGAAUAAGUACACCAGAGAGGAAAGUUUAUAUUCUUGAUGAACUAUUUCAUGAAGCUUAUGAACAAAUGGAUACUGUAUCUUUGAAUGCUCCCCUACGAAGUUUUUUCCAUUUUUCCAAAUUAUCAACCACCAAUUUAAAUUAUAAAUUGAAAGACCCUUUACUUUUAUGGGAUAAUAAUUUCCAAUUGAGAGAGAAAAUUGAGACUACAAUGAUGUCUACUGCUACAAAGAUAUGUCAAAAUGUCUAUGUAGGGAAUUUCUGGGAUCAUCAAAUCAUGGUUUAUUAUCUACAACGAAAUAAAUCAGUCAACUCCAGUAUAUCAAGCGCUGCUAUUCGUGGGUAUAGUAGUCCCAGGAACUCUUUAAUGUCACAGAAUUGUGAACUGUCUCAAGACUAUAUCAAUAUGCUACCACUCCCCAAAUUCAAUUACAAAUUAUUCAUUCAAUGUCAUUCCGACGCUUCAUUCCCUGAUUUGACUGAACUAGCGGAACUAUUAUUCAAAUACACGAUAUCUUCCCACGAUAGUGAAGAAAUUGAUGAAAGUCAUCAUUUACUGUUUCCACCCUCAGGUUCCAUUGGAAUUGGCGAUUGCAAACGCGAUAAUCUUCGACUGGUUGUCAACAUUUGCAAAUUGAUUUAUUUGUAUUCAUCAUCAAUGUCUUCCCGAGGUUUAGGAUCGUUGAUUUAUUGUUCUGAUGGAUAUACUGAAUCAUCAUUGUUGGUAUUUUGUUACUUGAUGUAUGCGUUGAAUUUACCCCUAGAUGAAGUAAUGUUGAAAUUGCAUUGUACAUAUGAACGACCAUUUUAUAUUUUUAAUAGUGAUGUGGUGAUUUUACGCAAAUUGGAACCAUUGUUGAGAAAAUAUAGUCCCUUGGUGAAACAAGGUGCAAUGAAUUGGGGCGAAAUGGAAGAAAUAUCAUCGGCCGAAAUCAAUGAGAUUUUGUUGGGUGCGCCUAAAAAGAAUACAAAUGCCAAAUUUGGACACAUAUUCAACGAUGAUGAUUCCUCAUUGAGUGAUGAGAGUUCAUCAAGCAGUGAAGAAAACGAUGAUGAUGAUGAGGCAAUUGAAGUGCAAAAGUUUGCUAUUGAUUGGGUAAAAGAAGUCGAAGGAUCAAUACCAUCGAAGAUCUUACCGUAUUUAUACCUUGGGUCCUUGAAGCAUGCUCUGUGUUUACCAUUACUUAACAAAUUGGGAAUCAAAAAAGUGAUUUCGGUGGGUGAGAGUCUACCAUGGUUGAAUGGAUACAAAUUCCGCAAGUAUAAUGAAAUCACCGUUGACGAAAGUGAUGAAAAUAUUGAGAUUAUAGACAUCCACCCAAAACAUCGUCAUCGAAACCCAAACUUGCAUUGGAAUACAACUAUAGACACAAUAAUGAAGGUGAAUAAUUUAGAAGAUGAUGGAAUUGACGAAUUAUCAGAACAAUUACCCAAAAUUUUGGAUUUUAUCAAUCAAGAAUACAUCAAGACGGGCGGAAACACCAAGAUUCUUGUCCAUUGCCGAGUUGGUGUAAGCAGAAGUGCAACUGUUGUCAUUGCUGAAAUCAUGAGACGAUUUCAAGUUAGUUUACCAAUGGCUUAUCUUUAUGUUAGAGUAAGGAGAUUGAAUAUUAUUAUUCAGCCGAAUUUGAGAUUCAUGUAUGAAUUAUUCAAGUGGGAGCAAGAUGUGAAACAAACAAAAUCACGACAAAGUAAAAAUUCUGAUGAUUCAGGUGGUGAUGAUGACGGUAAUGUGGAGAGGAGGUAUCAUGAUGGGACUUUUUACUUACGAGAAAUUGACUGGUUUAUUAUGUGUCGAGAGAUUAUGAAGUUGAAUUUACCUUAUUUGAAUAAUUAA